AGCUCGACCGACCUUGGAGGUUGAAGGCUGACCCUCAUUAACGACGUACGAACACCACCACCACUACCAAAACCUCUACCUCCUCCUCCUCAACAACGAACUAGCCGCCGCAACCGCAACAGCAGUCAAGAUGGAGGUACUACUGGGUAUCACGGGCAAGGACUUUACCAUCAUCGCAGCUUCCAAAGCUGCCAUGCGUGGCGCAACGGUUCUCAAGUCUGCCGACGACAAGACGAGAGCGCUUAACAAGCAAACACUGAUUGCAUACUCUGGCGAGUCGGGUGAUACUGUCCAAUUUGCCGACUACAUCCAAGCGAACUCCCAGCUUUACUCGAUGCGCAACGAGACGGACCUCUCCCCCUCAGGUCUCGCCAACUUCGUCCGCGGGGAGCUCGCCUCCAGCCUGCGGUCGCGGAAGCCCUACAACGUCAACCUGCUCCUCGGCGGCGUUGACCCCAUCACACAGAAGCCCGCGCUGUACUGGCUGGAUUACCUUGCGUCGCUGGCGCCCGUGCCAUACGCCGCCCACGGCUACGCACAAUACUACUGCCUGUCAAUCCUCGACAAACACCACCACCCCGACAUCACACUCGGCCAGGGCAUCAAGAUCCUCAACAUGUGCACGGACGAGCUGAAGAGGCGGUUACCGAUUGACUUCAAGGGCAUGACGGUCAAGGCCGUGACCAAGGACGGUAUCGUGGACAUAGAGUUCGACGACGACAAGGUUGUGAAGGCAGCUUGAGGCGGUAGCCUGCGGUGAGGUGAUGACGGAGAGGAGGACGGGCUUUUCAACGACGAGUGCGCAGCCGCAUCAGCAAAAGAGGCCUUGCCAGCAAAAUGUACUACUAGACCGGGCUGGUAAACGAUACAGACAU